GCGACUUCCCAUCCCAUGCUGUACACCCUUGAUCCACCCAAAGCGGGUCCCUGCAUGCUUGGAAAUGAAUAAAUUCCGGUAGCGGGUACACCCGCUCUGCAAAAUCCGAGAACGAACUGAUGGGAAAUCCCGUCUUCUUCCUCCUGUCGUUCCUGUUAUGUUUCUAUCCACCAUUGUCAGCUGCAGCAGAGCAGCAACAGCAGUAUGUAUCCGCAGUUGGUGACCCUGGAAUGCGAAGAGAUGGUCUCGGUGUUGCCUUCGAAGCCUGGAACUUCUGCAACGAGGUGGGGAAAGAGGCCCCAAACAUGGGCAGUCCCAGAGCCGCAGAUUGCUUUGAUAUAACCAGCCAGGGCAUUGUAGCUCAUAAGGUCACAGAAGAAGAGAACAGACUUGGGGUAGGAACUCCAUUUCCGGGAAUCACUCCUAGGGCUCUCAAUAAUUCAGAUCUGUAUGCGGUCGAGAAGGAAUUGUUUCUGGGGUCAAAAUGUGAAGUUCAAGACUCUCCAAAGCCAUGGCAGUUCUGGAUGGUGAUGCUCAAGAGCGGCAACUUGGAUACCACCGCGGCAUUGUGCCCGGAGAAUGGGAGACCCAUCGGCCCUUUCAAGCAGACUCCCAGGUUUCCUUGCUUCGGCAAAGGCUGCAUGAACCAGCCGGCGUUCUAUCACGAGCAGACCCGAUUCGUCGAUGGCACGACGAACUUGAGAGGGAGCUUCAAUGGCAGCUACGAAUCGGGCGCAGAUCUCGGGAAGGAUGGAGUUGGCAGCAGCAACUCAUUGUAUGAGGUGGUUUGGGAGAAGAAGGCAGGGGCCGGGAGUUGGGUGUUCAGUCACAGGCUGAAGACGUCGGAAAGGUAUCCAUGGUUGAUGUUAUAUCUCCGAGCUGAUGCCGCCGCAGGCUUUUCCGGCGGUUACCAUUAUGAGACCAGAGGCAUGUUGAAGACUCUUCCAGAGUCACCCAACUUCAAGGUUCGUCUCACACUUGAUGUGAAACAAGGAGGAGGGACCAAAAGCCAGUUUUACUUGAUGGACAUAGGGAGCUGCUGGAAGAACGAUGGUUCCCCAUGCGAUGGAGAUGUUCUUACUGAUGUAACCAGAUACAGUGAGAUGAUAAUCAACCCUCAAACACCAGCAUGGUGCAGCCCUACAAAUUUGGCAGCCUGUCCGCCGUUCCACAUCACUCCAAACAACAAUAAGAUUCACAGAAACGACACUGCAAAUUUUCCUUACUCUGCUUACCACUAUUACUGUGGCCCUGGGACUGCAAGGUACAUGGAGAAGCCUUUCAGCACCUGUGAUCCUUACAGCAAUCCUCAAGCGCAGGAAUUGGUCCAGCUAUUGCCCCAUCCCGUUUGGGCUGAAUAUGGCUAUCCUUCGAAGAAAGGAGAAGGAUGGGUUGGGGACCCAAGGACAUGGGAGUUGGAUGUUGGUGGACUCUCCAGCAGGCUCUACUUUUAUCAGGACCCAGGAACUCCGGCAGCCAGAAGAAUUUGGACGUCCCUGGAUGUGGGAACCGAAAUAUUCAUCAGCGACCAAGAUGAGAUAGCAGAAUGGACUCUUACUGAUUUUGAUGUCCUCAUACCUUCCCCUCCUGCUCAUUUAAAUGUAUUCUAGUUCUUGCCAUUCUACUAGACAUUAGAAGGAAAUGGCUCCUUAGCUUGUACCCCUGUGAUCAACAGAAUUUGGAAAAAGUGCCCUAAUCAGGUGAAAAUUUUAUAAUCUUUCUAACCAUUUAUGUCAUUUAUAAACUAA